GCGGUGCCGGUGGCGGCGGAGGCGGGGGGCGGCCGGCAGCGGGCCCUGGCCGCCGGCUCGCCCGUGGACUACAUGAGCAUCACCAGCUUCCCGCGGCUGCCCGAGGAGGACGCGGGCGGCGCGGCCGAGAGCGGCCUCCGCGCCCGGAAGGAGGAGGACGCGUUCCUGGGCGAGCAGGACACGGCAUGGAUGCACAGGGCACUGCAGCACCGCUGGCUCCCAGCAGCCCCUGAAAUCGUUCAUCCAGGAGCCCUGGCCGGUGCGUGAGCUGCGUGUCCCCUGUGGUGCCCGGCAGCGAUGGGCACGUCCCCAGGGCUGCGGCAGCAGCUCCGCGCGCGGGCAGGGCGCGCUCGGGCGGCAUCCGCCCCGCCGCAAAGGAGCUGGCGCGAGCAGAGGUUCAAAGCAUCUUUCAGAGCAAAAGAGAGACCUUUUCAUCCUGCCACGCACUGUUUGCCACCCGGCAGACGCCCAGCAAAACCCUGCCCCGCUGCACUUGCCAUCUCAGAGCUGGGCAUUCGGCGAGCGGCUUGAUUUCACAGUGGGCCCUGUCAGCCGGAGGAAGCGAGAAAUUAGAGCAGAGCUGAUCCUGCCGUCAGAGCGGGCGGACGCCCCGAGGCCCUCUGGUUCGCAGCCCUGAUGCAUUUCAGAGACCUGUUUGCAAGUCAGUGCUGUGUUAAGAACCCAUCCAAACGGAGCAGUAACUGUGGGCCUGUCACUGAAGACUGGUGGAUGGACUGAAAUGGAGAAAAAUUCAGACCCAGACUCCUUCCUGAAGUCUGCGCGUCUCCAGCGCCUGCCCUCGUCCUCGUCAGAGAUGGGCAGCCAGGACGUGUCCCCUCUCCAGGAGACCAGCAAGGACCCUUUUUCUGGAGACUGCAGCUGCCGGCAGGACGGGCUGACUGUCAUCAUCACCGCCUGCCUCACCUUCGCCAUGGGGGUCACGGUGGCCCUGAUCAUGCAGAUCUAUUUUGGGGACCCUCAGAUCUUCCACCGCGGUGCCGUGGUCACAGACGCUGCCCGCUGCACGGCCCUGGGCAUAGAGGUGCUCAACAAGCAGGGCUCCUCGGUAGACGCAGCCAUCGCCUCGGCCCUCUGCGCAGGAAUCGUCAACCCCCACACGUCAGGGAUCGGCGGGGGGGGGGUGAUGCUGGUCCACGACAUCCGGAAGAACAGGAGCUGGGUGAUCGACUUCGGUGAGAUGGCUCCCCUGGGCAUCCCGCUGGACGAGGUUCUGCAGAAGGACACCAAGCCAGGUCUGCUCGUGGGGGUGCCAGGCAUGAUACAAGGACUGCACCAGGCUCACCAGUUACACGGGAGACUCCCGUGGUCCGAGCUGCUGGGUCUUGUGGCUGGAGUCGCCCAGGAGGGGUUUAAUGUCACACAUGAUUUGGCCAAAGCCAUAAGUGAACUGAAGGACCUGAACUGCUCAGACAGAUUUCGGGAGAUCUUCCUGCCGGACGGCCAGCCCUUGCUGCCGGGCAUGUUCGUCAGGCGCCUGGACCUCGCGGCCGUCCUGGAGCUGGUGGGGACAGAAGGGGUCUCAGCCUUCUACAGCGGAAACUUGACCCAGGAGAUGAUCUCGGAGGUCCAGAACUACGGAGGGGUCUUGGUGGAGGAAGACUUCAGCAAUUACAGCGUCACAGUGGAGAGUCCCAUCCACACGGUCUAUCGAGGUCAUCUUGUUUUCAGUCCCCCACCUCCACAUGCAGGUCCUGCGCUGAUCACAGCACUGAACAUCCUCGAGGGCUUUAACAUCACCAGUCAAGUAUCCAGGGGGAAUGUCUUGCACUGGAUGGCAGAGACAUUAAAAAUAGCCCUGAGUCUAGCUAGCAACCUGGGAGACCCAUCUGGUGAUGUGUCCAUCACUCACGCUGCAGAAGACAUGGUGAGCAAAUCAGAAGCUAAUUCCCUGCGCCAGCUGAUUAAUGACUCACAGUCCUUCUCGUCCGAUCUCCAUGUGCCUCACUUCUCGGUGGAGAGCGGCCCCGCUGCUAGCCAGGUCCUUGUCAUGGGACCCGAUGACUUCAUUGUGGCGGCUGUAAGUUCUUUGAACCGUCCGUUUGGCAGUGGAAUAAUGACACGCUCCGGAGUGCUCCUGAACAGCCAGAUGUUGGACUUCUCCUGGCAAAACAAAACAACGAACCACUCCAUUCCCAGACCGCAAAACCUCAUCCAGCCUCGGAAACGGCCCCUGUCUUUCCUGCUGCCCACCAUCGUGAGACCGUCCAAGGGGAUGUGCGGGACGUACCUUUGUCUGGGAGCAAACAACGGGGACAAAGCCUUGAGCAGCAUUGUCCAGGUUUUGGUAAAUGUGUUAACAUUUAACAAGAAUCUGAGUGAAAGUUUGUCACUUGGUCGACUUCACCCACAGCUUCAGACUGACACCCUGCAGGUUGACAGUGAGUUUUCUGAAGAAGACAUUGAAUUUCUUGUAGCCAGGGGCCAUCAAGUGGACAAAGUCAAAGUGCUCUCCCUGGUUCACGGGGCCAGGAGAACCAAUAGUUUCAUCAUUGGCCUGAAGGACCCCAGGAGCGCGGAUGCUGCCGGAGCCACAGUGUCGUAGCCGCUCGCCGGUGGCGUGCCCGCUGGGGGCCGGGACGCUGGCGGGUCCCGUGCGUGCUGUGACACGGCCCUCCCGCCGGGGCCCUGCACACCCGCUGAUGGACUUUCUGCCCUCCCCACCAGGACGACACCAGAGGGGUUCGCAGCCCAACACAGCACUCUGAUCUUUUUUAUCUUUUAAUGAUUCGAAUGGCGAGCAGCCCGGUCCCUGUUAGAGGAGCGCGGGGAGCACACUUGUUUCUUUCGGCAGAGUCUUGCUAAUAUUUUUAGUCUUUUCAAAAGCCCAGUUCUAGCCAGCAUCUUAAUUUUAGUGAACAGGAACAUUAGCAAAGGAAAAAACAGCUGCUGCUGCUACCAUCAUCUUCAUCUCCUUGUCUGUCCCAAGGUCAUUCUUUGCCUCCUGUGCAAGCCAAUAAUUAAUUCAGCCUAAUGUAGUGUGUGUAGCUGCCUGUAUCUGGAGUAUUGGGGGGUCCUUUCGUGCGCCGUAUGGACCAGCUGAUUUUAAGCAGCGUGCAGCCUCCUGCGUUCGCUCCUUUUCUCACGUCACGACACACCUGACUGGCUGCCAGCCUGACUUUGUAACCAGAGCAGUGGGUUUCAACCUCUAACUACUUGUGGACCCCCCGAUAGUUUUCUUACAGAGGUUCAGCCUCCUCCGUGGUAAGUUUAAGCUUAGUGGCAACGGGCUUCAUUUUCUGAGAUACCUUUGGAGAUAUCAUAGCAGUACUCUCCAGAUUUAUAAAAACCCACAGACCACAGACUGAAAAUCAAUGGUUUGGGUGGGUUCAGGGUUUCCUUACACUGCCGUGUCUCUGCCCGCUCUGAAAGCCCAAAUCGCCUAAUCCCCACAGAGAGGUUUGGGAUUUGCUGCCUACUAAAUCCACACCUGUGCUUUCACUCCCUGUUUUGAUUCUGGUGGCUCUGUUGGAAAAGCUGAAGAGAGUGAGAGAAAAGGUACAAACCAAACCGAACACUACUGCGAUAAUUUUCUGUCCACAGCACAUAGUACAAAAUAUAAGCAUACUUCUGCAUUUCUUGUCUGAAACAGAGUGAAGAAAUAAUACCACAUCUGACAGCUGCAUCACUUCGCUCAGCCCACAUUUGAACAUUUCCUUCUCUUUUUACUGGCAAGUUUUACAGACACCUGGCACUAAAAAACUCUGGAGUCUGAUAAUUUUCUGCAGCUUAAACUGUUAUUAUUUCCUUCAUAGAGCAAAUGCAUCUAUGGCCACUGUACAUAUCAUGUAUGUAUGUCUGCUGAUGGUUGUCUUGGUCUUUCAUCUGAUGAUCACACCUGUCACCCCAGCCUUCCUCCCGAGGGACCCGCUGACACCCACCGGUUUGUACCGCGCCUUCGAGCGCUCGUUGCCGUUUGACACGGGGAGCGCACGGGACAUUUUGCGGCAGCCGGGGCGCUACGGCAGAUCAUCGGACUGAUCGUUCCUGCCAGCUGAGGAUCUCAAGGCACCUGAUGCGGGGCCUUGCAGGUUGUGCCCAGGAAGGACAGAGAUGCUUUUAUGCUGAAGCGCAGCGCCCGUGAGCAGAGCCCGGCAGGCGGGAACAGGGACGGUAUUUCUGUUGCAAUGUGUCAGUGGCCUCAGCUGAGAGCGGGGGGAAGUACGACGUUGUCUUUGGGACGUUGUCUUCUGCGCCACCACGCUGCCUGCAGGGCAAGAAGAGACUUUAUUCACCCUAGGAACAUCGAAUUAUUUACUUUCCUGUCAUCAGCACUAGUUAGUCACUGCGUUCCUAAAUCUUGUCGUGUCUUGGAGCAGAGCCCCAGCUCUCACAGGGAGGACAGGCUGCGGUUCUGUGUGUUCAAUCUCACCGCUGGAAACUUGGGGCUUUCGGGUGCAGUUCAGCAGGGAUCCGUCCCUCGGGCACGGGGCUUUACUGAGCACAGCUGCAAAAUAAGGGGUCAAGUCGUUGUUCCUUCAGUACUCUGCAUGGAAUGUCACAGAACACUUUGAAAGGUUAAAUUCCUCCUUAUUAAAUGAGUUUGCCAACUUA